AAAUCACUGGCGGUGUGAAUGGACAAAAUCUAACGAUCCCGGGACAAAUUCCUGGACACAUUUCUCGUGUAUUUUCCAGGAUCUCUGUAUUAAAAGGGCUUUGGGUUAUUCCUCUCAUAUUUUGUAUUCCUGAAACUGCCCUCGCGCAACAAAGAGAGACUUUUCAUUUGUAGUCCUUUUCAGUCUCCGUUUCCGCAGAAAUCGCGCGACUUCCGUCGUCAGUGUCAAAUAUGGCCACGUCUAGACUGGAGAUCAAUUUUAUCCGAUUAUUAUCACGCUGUGAGUCUUUGGCUUCAGAAAAAAGAGGCGAAACGGAAUGGAGACUCGAGAAGGUAAAAAACAACAUUGCAAUGCAUUUAAUGUAUGUUGGUGCUCUGGAAGAAAUGCUUGUGGCUUUAAAGAAGAGUCCCAGCAAACCAAUGCCAGAAAUACUGACAGAUUACACCCGCAAAGUGGACUUUCUCAAGGGUCUCCUGGAGGCUGAAAGACUGCCGUCUCCAGCAGAGAAAUCUUUAGCCAAUCAGUUUCUGGCUCCUGGACGCUCACCUACAAUAUCCAGCGAGAGAACACCAGCCAGCAAGACAGUUCAUAUACAGAGCAAAGCACGAUGUGCUGGAGAGAUGAAGAAGGAACUGAUGAGCACGGCGGUUUCAAAUUCUGGUUCAUUUGAUUCCGAUCUGAGACACAGGAGGAGCAUCCCUGUGGACGAGCGACAGUCCGGCGCCGAGCUGGACGCGAUUCUUCAACACCAUCACAACCUGCAGGAGAAACUGGCAGAAGAUAUGUUAAACCUCGCACGCAACCUGAAGAACAACACGCUCGCUGCUCAGAACAUCAUUAAACAAGACAACCAGACACUGACUCAGUCCAUGCGACAGGCCGACAUGAACUUCGAAAAGCUCAAGACAGAGUCCGAGCGCCUGGAGCAACACACCAAAAAAUCUGUCAACUGGUUUCUGUGGCUGAUGCUUAUAGUCGUCUCCUUUACUUUUAUAAGCAUGAUCUUAUUUAUACGACUGUUCCCGAGACUCAGAUGAUGUUCAACAUUAGAAUAGACUAGAUUUAUUUUAUCUUCAGCAGCGGAUUUACAGAUAGACACUAGCCAAGGUCUGAUAUAGCUCCACACUCUGCUGUUGUCUGAUUAUCAGCUGACACCCUCAGUUUUUGUUCCCAAGAAAUUUACAUUGUUUCCCGCAUGCCAUUGUGAUCAUAUCUCAAUUCAUAUCUGCAUUCAUAAUUUGCUAUUAAAUAUCCGCAUUUGUCACUUUCCCAUGUACGGUGGAUAUGUAAACGGACCGUGGAUCUAUUCUGAUGCUUGUGAGCUGUUUUAAGGUCCGGGUAGGCUUGUCCAGGCCUGCUGUGUCAAUCGGCUGUACAGGAAGAGUUCUGGGAAGCAUAGGGAAGUAUUUUUGCUCAUUGGAGGCACACUCGGCUCAGAUAGGAAAGGCGGAUACAGAACGGCCUCAGGGAACUCAGCUGGAAAAUAAAUGCCCCGUAUUUAGCUGUCCGGUUACUUAAAGAUCUAUUUGUGCCUGCAGUUCCCUAUAUAGCACAAAGCCCUGCACAGUAUUAAGAAUUGCUCAGAUAUGGUGAUCAUUCAUGUCAUUGGUUAACGUCUGUGUUUAUUGAGCGUUUGGUCUUGAUGGGUCUAAAUGUGUUGUUUUCUGUGGGCUGUCAUUGAUUAUGCAUUGUGUGUUGCUCAUGUUGGUUUUGAUUGUUCCACCUGACCACAGAACAGCCAUGUUGUUGUUUUCCUAUCAAGUGGGUUCCCGAUGAAGUGGUAAUGAAAGGUAUUUGUGAAACUAAAACGCAGGAGUGUGAUAUUUUAAUAAAAUAAUUUGCAAUCCACUUACUUGCCCUCUGUAUAAUUUAGACAUUUUAUAUAUAGAAUAUCUCAUAUAUAUGAGAUUAUUGUAGUGAGAUUUUGAGGGGGGGUUUUAAACCUACAAAAAGACGUUUCAUAAUUU